AUGUCAAUAGAACAGGCACAACAGCAGCAAAUAAAGCAACAGGAGCAAGAACAGAUGCAUCAGUCGGUCCUGCAACAAGUGAUGCUACCCAGUGCCCGUGAACGUCUCGCUCGAAUCGCAAUUGUCAAGCCAGAAAAAGCACGGGCGAUUGAAGAAAUGGUGAUUCAAAUGGCUCAGCGUGGUCAAUUGGCUACAAAAGUUGAUGAAGAGAAACUCAUUGAUUUGUUGAAUCAAGUGGGUGUUACGGAGGAAAAGCAGCGCGUCAAAGUCACGAUCAAGCGACGGACGUACUUUAGUGAUGAAGAAGACGACGAUGAUGAUGAUGACUUUUAA